AUGUCCACCCAUGUACGGUGCACCUGCGAGUCAAUAUGCAAGCUCGAGAAUGCGGAAGGCGUCGACAUACCGCGCCACGAAGAGCGCAUGCAUCGGAGGAAGGACCUCAUGCGCGGGUCCGAUAAACUGCAGAGGGCGCGCGGCGUCAGGGGUCGUGAUGACUCUGAGAACAUUGACAAGGUCCCUGUCGCUGAAGUACGCGACCGGGAGAGGUCGCUGAUACCUCUACCUUCCGGAUCCAGCCAGGAAUACAUUGAGUUACGUGCUGAGGAUGAUCACGAUAUUGAAGACAUGUACUAUACACCAACAACUGGGCCCAAUCAGCUACAACCAGCCUCAGCUGCAGGCAGGCAUACAGAGCAUACCCCGCCGCUCCUGAGUCCUCCUGCCUUGCAAAGCCGUCCGUCCACACCGUCCAUAGAGCUCGACCAUGGACUAGAUGCAUCGAGCCACACAUCCGGCACCCACCCAUCUGAAGAGGGAAUGCAGCUCGGCCUGUAUGACGAUGCUGAUGCCGAUGCCGACGAGGAUGAACUUGAGCUGCAGGCACGGCUCGCACAGCUCGAUGUGGCACGGCCUGAGCCCGCUGCUAUCGUCGAGCCUGCCGCAGAGCACAUGGAUGGACUGUCUGGCAACGAUGCUUCCCAAGCUGGCGAGGACGUGGUCAUUCUGCCGGGCUCCGCGCUCGACGAGGGUCCUGUUCAACCUCACUCUUCACUCGAGGCCGUCGACCUGCUUUCCCAUGAGAAAUGGUUUGUGCGAACCAUCCUCUUGAUGGUCACCUACCUCCACACACGCCACCAUAUCACCUUCCGAUCUGCGACGAUCAUCCUGUUCACCACUCGCGCCAUAUUCAUAGCUCUGGGGGUCAUCGACUUGAAUGACCCGAUGCCGAAGACGUUCACCACAGCACUCAAGCGUCUGGACCUCACAGACCGCUUUCACAUCUUCCCGACUUGCCCGCAGUGUCACCGUCUAUUUCGCCCCGACAUCGCCCCCUCCACCCUCUGUCCAGUAUGCAAAACACCCCUUUUCAGCCGUGGUGCCCUCGCUGUUGUCAUGGAAUACCUUGGCGCGGCACUGCCCCAUGCUAUUCCACGCUUCGCAGCUCCGUUUCGCCCCCUCUCAGCUGCUAUCCUCGACUUUCUGUCACGUCCACACAUGGACAUCAAGGUAGACGAAUGGCGGAACAUUCCGUCCAUCCCAGGCGAGUACAGGCGGAUACAAGAUGGGCGGAUUUGGAAGACACUGAAGGGCCAUGAUGGCCUGCCGUUCUUCGGGCCUCAGGCGCACGGUGAGAUCCGCAUAGGGGUGAUCUAUCACCUUGACUGGUACAUCGACAACCCCCGUUUGCGCAGUCCCUUCGCACCCUCACACUCCUCCGGCAUCCUGUCAUGUUCAAUCGCAAACCUCGAUCGGCUCCUUCGGUACUGCAUGCAGUACAUGAUGCCAUGUGCGAUGACGCCCGGGCCAAACGAACCUGACGCGGAGGAGUUACAGUACUAUCAGGAGCUCCUUAUCGAAGACCUCCUCAUCUUGUACUAUGAGGGCAUCACAGCGCCCACAUACUCCCAUCCACACGCUUGCAUCUGCGCGUCCUUGGAUCACCCCGGUAUGUGUAAGUCGGGCGGCUUUGCUGACAAGAACCACAAUGAGGACCCGUGUCCCAAAUGCGAGGCCAAGCUAGCGGAGAUGUACACCUGGAUAACGCGGUCGCAGACGGAAGGGCUAGUCAAGAAUCAAUGGUACACUCAUUGGAUUCGCGGUAACGCCUUACGCGCAGAUACAGAUGCGGGAACAAAGCGCGAGCUCAAGGUCCUACAUAACUUCCUCGCAUCAGUGGCUCUCUCUGCAGAUGAAUACAAGAACAUGGCUCUACACCCUGGCGUCAUAGUGAUUCCGAUUCUGUGGGAGCGAUUCCUCCCAGCAUCGCACGAGGAGCAUCAGAGAGCGCUGAAGACGCACCAGAAGGCCAUGGACGCAUGGAAGAAGGCGAACGACGCGCACAAGAAGGCGACGGUGGAGCACGAGGCGCCUAAGGUGCCGAAAGCAAAGAAGGCCAAGGUCCCUAAACCGAUGCCUCCUCCUGCCCCCCCUGUACCACGCAUGCACGCAGGCGAAGUAGACCUUUUCUUGAAGCUCUCAACUGCGCUCAAGUUGAUCCUUGCGAGCUCCGUCACGGAUGAGACUCGGCGACGAGGAUGUCAGCUCCUCCACGAGUACCUGGUAGACUAUGGAAAGCUGUAUGGCAUUGAGAAGAUGGUUCCUAACCAUCAUUUCGCUCUGCACACGGAGCCACAGCUCGAGGACUACGGUACAGUAUACGACAUCUGGGCUUUCCUGGCCGAGCGCUUGAACAAAUUGUUCAAGUCGUUUAAUCUGAAUAACUGGGGCGGCGGGCAGCUCGAGAUCACGAUGAUGCAAAGUUUUCUGCGUGACGUUGAUCUCCAAGCGACGGUACAAUGUGUCGCAUCUAUGCCGGCAGAAGAUCCUCAGGAUGUCUCACAGGAGAUUGCCACAUAUCUCUUGAAGGACACCCGCGAGGCACGGGGAACCAUCGAAGCAGCAGCAGCAGUACCGGGAGCUCCCAUUGCAGCACUGCAUGCUGCGACUAGAACCGGUGCACACUGA